AUGCGGUGGCUGCAAUCAGGCAUCGCCGAUGUGGGCUUGACUGUGGGAGACUACGUGGGAAACGCCGCUGUCAUUGUCGGCAACUCUAUCGUCGAGGAUGCAGCUUCCACACUUGGAGAUGUCGCCGUGGCUGCCGGCUCGGCUGUUGCUGACGUCGGCGAAGUGGUGGCCGACGCCACCGUGGAUUUGGCCGGGGAUGCGCUCGAUGCGGCCGAGCAGUCGAUAGCGCAGGGGGUGAAGCUUGCCAGCACAGUGGGAAACGAAAUCGCCAGCAAAGCUUCGGCCUUGGGUGGCGAGAUUGCCAAACUGGGGCCUUUAGCUGCCGGCCUUGCUAAAGCUGCUUGGGACGAGAUCAAAAAGUUCAUCAACUGCCUCGCCCAAUCCUUCACCUUGUGCAAGAUGCUGAUCGGUGAUAUGUGCGAUUGCGACUCGGGGAGUGAUGUCAGCGCCUCCCUGUCCGGCCUCUCUAUGAGAUGCAAGUUCAAAGGCGACUUCGCACAGGGCUUUGGUAUCUCGUCCAGCAGCAGCGGCUCCUUUGAGAUGGGCGACGCCAGCAGCGGGGGCAAGAUCAAGCUGCCGGGCAACCCUUUUCAACAGCAGCGGAAGCAUCCGGGAAGCUCCCUGAGGUCACGCAAGGCUUUGAAGGGCUCCAAGUCCAAGGCUCCAGCGGGGUCCUGCGAAUCCAAGUUGGAGCUUGCCGUGGAAGGUGUCGUCCAGUUCGAACCGACAGUGAGCAUCAGCCUGAAGACCAACGGCGACACCGAGGUGGGCGUGGAAGGCUUGGUCCGGGCCUCCUUCGACGCCUUGGCCACGGCGGAGGGAGGCUGCGGUUUGUCCGCGGAGAGGUUUCCGCAGAAGCCUCUCCAGAAGGUUGCUUGCGCCCCGCCGUUUUGCGUCAUCGUGUUGCUGCAGAUGGUGGCCGAAGUGGAGAUGAGUGGAGUCAUCACGGGCAGCGCAGAGGUCGGCGCCAGCGCGGAUUUCCAGAUCUCCGGCUCUGUCCUCGUGAACCCGAAGGGACACGCCGACGCCGACUUCCAGAACCCGACCAUCAAGCACCAGGAGGGUUUUGGCCUGGCAGCGUCGGCGUUCGGCAGCGUCCGAGUCGGCAUGGGUCCGGUACUGACGGUUUGGCCCAUGCCUGGCGUUCCGAUCGUCAUCAACCCCAUGUUCAACGCAGAGGUUCGGGCCCAGGGGACGCUGCGACUUUCUUCCGGCUUCUCCCUUGCAGAGACCCAGGCGGUGAACUCCAGGACAACCGUCACUUCCAAUACCAGCCGCGUGAACCGCAUCGACAUGUGCGGAGCUGCGGCCGUGAACCUGUUUGCCGACAUCGACAUUCAAGGCUUCGCGCUACCGAAGCCCAUCUCUGCAAGUCUGGGCACCGGCUGGAUCAAGGACAAGAUCAGAGAAUCGCUCGACCCACUCGCAAUCCGUAAACCUGGCAUUACACAGAUCGGCGCCCACGAGUACUGCAAAGAGGUCUUCACAUCCCCGGGCUUCGAUACGGCUGCCUGUGCCGCAGAGCUUGGUUGCAAGUUCGCCGGCCGACCUCCACCACCCAUGGUGACCAUCCUCCCUGCAGCGCAGGUUGCCGAGCAUGUUCACACCACAUCCUCGGCGUCAGCGUGCUAUGAUAUUCCCAUGGGGGACCGCUUCAUUCAGCUGGGUCACUGGCGUCUGGCCGCCAUUGACGACAACCACUUCAGCAUCUCACAUAAGGGUGGGAAAACGGCGCAGAUCUUCCGCAACGAUGGCACGUUGCAUCCAGGGCCACGCAGUGACUAUGGCGCCUGGGGCAGGUCCAUCGGGGCGGCGCAGGGUAUCAGCUUCGGCUUCCAGUACAUCCAGAUCGGGAAGUUUCGCGUGGGAGCUGUGGACGAGAACCACCUUUCCAUAGCCCACAUCGGCGGCCAAACGGUGCAGAUCUUCCGAAAUGACGGCACGCUGCACCCGGGGCCCACAACCGAUUGGUCGACCUUCGACCGCCCAGAGUCCAUGCCUGCGGGCAUCACUGCUGGCGACCGCUUCGUGCAGCUGGGAAAGUUCCGUUUGGGCGAUGCCGAUGGCCAUCACUUCCUGGUCACUCACGACAGCGGACAGACGAUCCAGAUUUAUCGAGGCGAUGGCACGCUGCACCCAGGACCCCGUACCGACUGGACCGGGGCAAUCUCCACGAGAAGCCCCAGUGCGUGGACCUGCAAGGACUUGCCCGAGAUAGCAUACGGAGCCUGCGACAGCGGAUGGGCGGGUUUUGGCGAUCGCUUCAUCCAGCUGGGAGAUUGGCGUCUGGCAGCGAUUGAUGCCACACAUUUCUCGAUUUCGCACAAGGACGGAAUGACAACGCAAAUCUGGCGCGCAGAUGGGACCGUGCACGGCGGGCCGCGGAGUGAUUACAAUGCCUGGGGCAGACCGCUAGGCUUCCCCUCCGGGAUCACGUUCGGGCCCGGGUUCAUUCAGAUCGGGAAGUGGCGUAUGGGCCAGAUAGAUGGGCAUCACUUCAGCAUCGCGCACCAGGACGGCCAGACAGCCCAGAUCUACCGCGGUGAUGGUACCCUGCACAACGGGCCUCGCACGGACUACAACGCUUGGAGUCGAAGCUCCGGGCCGGCUAACAGCGUCACGUUCGGAGACCGGUUCAUCCAGUUCGGAAGGUUCCGCUUCGGUGAUGCGGAUGGAACUCACUUCAUCGUGACGCAUGCCGGUGGGCAGACGAUCCAGAUCUACCAUAAGCAUGGCUCGCUUCAUCCCGGCCCGCGAACCGACUGGACCGCUGCGCUGAAUGACCGCUAUCCGCAGUGGCACUGCGGAACGGUGCAAACCGUCUUCGGAACCUGCACGGGGAUCGCGACUGGCCACAACUUCCUGCAGCUGGGCGAGUGGAGGCUUGCUGCGAUCGAUGGAAAUCACUUCUCCGUGUCGCACCAGGCAGGGCAGACUUGUCAGAUCUACCGCAACGAUGGGACUUUGCAUCCGGGUCCCAGAACUAGCUGGGGCGCGUGGCAUCUCGAGACGAAGGAGGUUCACAGCUCCAACCGAGUGACCUUCGGCGAUCGCUUUAUCCAGUUUGGGCACUUUCGAAUGGGUGAGGUGGACGAGGCACACUUCUCCAUCUCGCACAGCGGCGGUCAGACGAUCCAGAUCUUCCGCAAGGAUGGCACACUGCAUCCGGGGCCUCGCACAGACUAUGGACUCUGGGGUCGGCAGGAAGGAGAUGCCCUGGGUGUAACUUUCGGUGAUCGGUUUGUCCAGAUCGGCAACUUCCGAGUAGGCGAUGUGGAUGGAACGCACUUCUCUGUCACCCACGUGGGUGGCAAAACCGUGGAGAUUUUUCGAUCGGAUGGAACGUUGCAUGCAGGGCCCCGGUCGGACUACACAACGUUUGGCCGACCGCUGUCGGAGUGCAAAGUCUUUUCAUAA